GCUACUAUCCAUCUUCUACCUUGCUUGGCCUCUGCUGUUCUGGCCUCGCUUCACAAGCUAACGCUGUCUACUCCUCAUUGCAGUUUUACACCUUGAGAUACCCUUUGCCCGAUCGAUUCACAAGCUCAUAACCCGAUUCGAUACUUUCCCCCCAGCCCAAAGCCUAAUAUUAGACGAAAAAUCCGAGCUAGGCUAGACCACAUCCGACCAGGACGGCCAAAUAAUCCGGUCAAUCCGCAAUUCGCAUCCCACCUGCUUUUCAACCCCGCCGCAUGCCCGCCCCCCGAACUUGCAUACAACCGUCAAAAGAGCCACCUCAAUCGUGUCCGGUGUCAGUGCCCCUCACCGCUGGCGCCCCGACGUACUCAUAACAUUUGCCCAACAUGUUCUGGCGGUUCGGCGGCUACGCUGUUGCCAGCACAAUAGACAACAUCCUCGACCGCGGCGACUUUGCCCUUGAGGAGCUUCUCGAUGAGAGCGACUUGAUCCAGGAGCUCAAGCAACACAAUGCGAAGCUUGUCGAGUAUCUCCGCGACCAGGAUGUCCUCAAGAGGUUGCUAGAAUACGUUGUCGCUCCCAAGCUGGAGCCCGUGGCGGCUGCUGAAAAUGAGGACGAUGAGGAAGACGAAAACCAGAGGGGUAUCUCCCUACCCUUUACUCGACCCCGCGCCUCAUCGCGGGCCACCGAUGCAAGCAACGACGACAGCGCCGUCGAAAAGAAAUGGAACCGCUAUGCUUUUGUCGCGGCCGAGAUUCUGUCGUCGGACAACUGGUCAAUAUUCGAGGCUCUUAUGGAGAGCAAAGACCUGCUGCGCGAGUUCUGGCAAUUCCUGAAGCGCCCUGCCCCGCUCGACCCCCUCCAGGCCAGUUACUUCACCAAGGUGAACGAGUCCUUGUUCGACAGAAAAACCGAGGAAAUGAUCGACCUUCUUAAAUCUCUCGACAAUGCGGUUCCCGAUAUGCUCAAGCACGUCGAUUGCCCGAUGGUUAUGGACCUGCUGCUGAGGAUCAUCAGCUUGGAGAGAACCGAGGCUGGGCAUGGUAUAGUCGAGUGGCUCUAUACUCAAGACGUUAUGCCCACUCUGCUUUCUUUCCUCGGCCCAGAGCAUGGCUGGGCAACCCAGACCUCCGCCGCCGAUUUCAUCAAGGCCAUCAUUACUGUCUCCGCCAAUGCCUCGCAGAAUGAACAGACCUGCAUCGGACCGAACGAGCUCACACGACAACUUGUCUCGAAGCCCUGCGUGGAGCAGUUGAUCAAGUACAUGCUUGGUGGCGGCAACCCCCUCACGUGUGGUGUGGGCAUUGUUAUCGAAGUCAUUAGAAAGAACAACUCCGAUUACGACCCAGAGGCAACCGAGCCCAACUCGACCCCCUCAACCCGCGACCCGAUCUACCUUGGAACCUUGCUUCGCAUGUUUGCCGACCAUAUUCCGGAUUUCAUGAGCCUCAUCAUGAACGCCCCCGCGCAAAAGGAACGCUUCACUUCCACGUUUGGUGAUCAUAUCGAGCCGCUGGGCUUCGACAGAUUCAAGACAUGUGAGCUGAUGGCUGAGCUGCUCCACUGCAGCAACAUGGGCUUGCUGAAUGAGGUGGGCGCCGAAGAAGUCAUUGCGCAGCGUGAUGCUCAGCGACAGUUGCUCCGCACGCAAGGCCGGCUCGUGCCUGUUCGGGAGCAGGAACCCCCAUCCGCGGCGGAAGAUAUCACAAUGCGCGCGUCGCACUCUUCCCCGGCGGAUACCGGCAGGAAGUUGGGGGUCACCAACACAUCGGUAGAUGAUGAUGGCUUCGAGGAGGUCACGCAUACCACCGACGAGGACAUCACGCACGGCAUCGAGGAGCUUCCCGAAGGUUCCUUGCCAGGCCCGACAUCGUCAUUCCUUGAUAAGGACGAGGACGACUUUGUUGACGAGCCGCUGAGCUCUCCAAGGCUGCGUGUUCGCGACCUCCAUAAUCCCAUGGAGGAUACAGCACCCAUCAAGUUCGACGACCCGAACCUGGUGGUUGCGCCUCUUUCCCCUACCAAGAAGGCAUCCGUACCUAUCAGGACAGCUUCUGCUUCAGAAGGACAGAACGACGAUGGAAACAAGACAGAGGAAACCUCUACCAGCAAAGAAGGAAGUGAUUUGGAUCUUAAGCCUUCCGAGGACGUUCAGUUGGAACUUCGCGGCGGCUCGGACAAGCGCGUAGCUCCAGAAGAGAUGUCUCCCCACCCGGACGAUACUCCUGCGCCGCUCUUUUCGACAUCCGCCCGAACAACAGACUCCUCGGAGCCUAACCAGGCCACUACUACAAAGGAGGAGCAGGCGGAGACUGGUCAAAUGUCUACCGGUCGAGAACAGAGUGACCCCGAUGCCACGAUCGCCCACGACGCUUCUCAGGCCGACAAGAAGCACGAGCCUGUUGUCGGCGACUACCUCAAGAUGCAGUUUGUCGAAUACAAAGUUGUCCCCACGAUUUUGAGCUUCUUCUUCUCUUACCCGUGGAACAACUUCCUGCACAACGUGGUUUACGACAUUGUGCAGCAAGUGUUUAACGGCCCUAUGAAGGACAGCUAUAACCAUAAGCUAGCUAUCAGCCUCUUUGAGACGGCCGACAUCACCAACCAAAUCAUUGGUGGACAGCUCGCCAGCGAGAAAUCCGAGAACGAGAGAAAGACCCGUAUGGGAUACAUGGGGCACUUGACGCUCAUUGCUGAGGAGGUGGUCAAGUUUACUGAGCGCCACGAAACCGAAGUUCUCACAGAGUGCAUUCUGGAGAAGGUCAUGGCGCGGGAUUGGAUCGAGUACGUGGAAGGCCCGCUUAGCGCUACGCGAACACGCGACAAUGCCGUGCUCGGAGGUGUGCGACCAGAGAGCCUCAUGGGCCGUUCUGGCUCCGGGAUGUCUGGCGUCGGACUCUCCGCUCUUGGAUCUCUUGGUCUGAGUGGCGGUUCCAACGCCCUUGCUGAGGCAGGGUUGAAUGGAGGACAGGAUGUUGCGGACAGUUCGGGUGGAAAUGGGAUUGGGCCGUUUGCCAUCAGCGCCGGUACUCUUAUGAGCGGGUUUGGCAGUUCGAGCGAUGAGGACGAGGACGAAGAACAGGACAACGAGGAGGAUGUUAACAACGAGGUUGGUUAUUCUGAUUAUGUCUCAUCUCUUCUCCACCCCCAUGACAUGUUCCCCCUAGGCUCAAGUGAGCCCUUGAUACCGAGCAAACGCGACCACGGCUCCUUCGUCGACGGGGAGGAGCUUGCCGAGGUCCACCAUGUUAAGGAUGUUGAUUUCGAAGUCGAUGUCGAACACAACGAGCCCUUCGACGAACAAGACUACGAAGACGACCCAAGCAGCUAUGGAUUGGACCUUGAGGACUUCGAAGAAGGUCUUGCCGACUUUGAUGGCUGCUCUCCAGCCGUUGCUUGGAAAGCGGAAACGCUCGCACAGCGACCCCCUACCCAGACAAACCCGCCACCGCCAGCUCGAUCCCCCGAGGCACUGUCACCAGUGAGACCGCAACCUUCCACCCAGGAGAGCCCUAUCGAGCCUGCAUGGGGCGUUGAUGAGAUCGACGCUCCACUCUAUGACGACUUUGAAGGCCAAUGGACGAGGCCGGAACCCAGCCCUACAGACGCACUCGAGCUCAAUCACUUUCUUUGUCAAAUCAACCGGAUGAUCCACUUUCCUCCUCCGUCCCCUUCUCGAACAGAGGACACCGACCGGAUAUGAGGGUCCGAUCCCCGAUCUGGACCCUCUGACGCGAGACUCGGGCAACAAAUUGUUGCUCUCAUCUGCUUCACGUCGUCCGAGCUGUCAGGAUUAUUCUUUUGGUUGAGGGUGUUGUAUGAUUAAAGGGCGCCAAGGACAUAGUGGGCUAGCAACUUCGGACAUGUUUUCCUCUCAUUUUCCUCCUUCUCCUCACUCCAGUGGAUACUCGUGAUCAGGCUCCCUUCCUCAGGGCCGUGGUCGGUUCUUUU